GCUUUAUUGUGAGUCAAAUUACAUCUAAAUCACAGGUGGGUCACGUUUCAGAGUUAACAUACUAGUGUUAAAAGCCACUUGUUGGAUUAAAACAGGAGAGAGAAAAAUAAAUAAAUAAUCCUAAUUACUUUCAGUAAACCUGCUUGUCACAACAUCAAUUAACACACAAAUCUGGCCUGAAAUGAAGGGAGGGGCUGUUGCUUGGAAAUAGAUAGUGUUACUAGAUCUAUGAGCGUUACAAAACAGAUUGCGAGUAUAGAGUGAGCUAUGGGCACUGGUUUACGCACAACAGGCCACAAUGACACGUGAAAUGCUGUCUAACCUGUCUAAACUGCGGAUGGAUUCGAUGAGAGAGUGAUGUUCCCUUUAAAGCAGCUCUCAAUGACUUGUCUUGGUGCGUUGUCGCCAUCUUCCGCCAGUUCUGUUACCGACCUCACCGGAGCAUCACAUCAGACCGCCGGUGGGCGAGUCCCGGGUGUGUCUGUCUGUCUGUCUGCCUGCGAAAGAGCGGCGAGCGUGCGUGCGUUCAGGAGAGCACGCUAACCACACCGAGUGAGGAAGGAAAUAAAAUGCUGGGGAAUUGAAAGCCGUCACAUCUUCAUCAUUAAACACUUGUUGUUGUUGUUUUUUUUGCUUCUGGAGGACUGAAGCAUGAAGAAACAUCACAGCCCCGCGAAGGGACCGCUGGAAGUCACCGUGCCAGACACCGAGGCGACCAUACAACAACUCAACAAGCUGCUGUCCAACGGCAGCGGUUUCUACAGCCUUCCAGCACAACAUUUCAACGAGGUCUUUCCCAAGAUUUACAUCGGCAAUGCGUUUGUGGCCCAGAAUGUGAUGCGUCUGCAGCGGCUGGGUGUGACACACAUACUGAAUGUCGCAGAGGGAAACUCUUUUAUGCAUGUGAACACCAACGCAGAGUUCUACACAGGAACUGGGAUCACGUACCAUGGCAUACAGGCCAAUGACACUGAGCAGUUCAACAUCAGUGACUUCUUUGAGGAAGCAGCAGACUUCAUCGAUAAGGCUCUGGCACAUGGAAAAGGAAAGGUGUACGUUCACUGCCGUGAGGGCUACAGCCGUUCACCCACUAUAGUCAUCGCUUACCUCGUGCUCCGUCACAAGAUGGAUGUACGAGUUGCCACGGCUACAGUAAGACACAAGAGAGAGAUCGGCCCGAAUGAUGGAUUCCUGCGCCAGCUGUGCCAACUCAACGAAAAGCUGGCAAAGGAGGGCAAGUUGAAGACCAAAUGAUAGAAUGUGCUCUACCCCCACAUAUAUUUACACAUGCAGACACACAGUCAAACUAGUGUGCACUAUUUCCAGUCCAAGUAUAUUAACAGAAUGUAUGCAAACAGUACAUCCAGAGCAUAAGCAUGGAGGUAUACAAAGUGUAUUCAAACACACUUUCACAUACUCAUUCACACGAGGUGUUGUCAGUGUCCUGAGUAAUUACUCCUGCUUCCAGAUGGCUGGGAAAAGGAAAUUUACUGGCAUAUCUGAAUAAUUAAGGCUGUAUAAGGAGCAAGGGCAGUAUUUUAUGUCUGCUUUGUUUUUGCAUCAUUCCCCAUGAUAAUUAGUUUCCGUUUUUCACUAGGUACACCUAAAGCAUUCCAGUAGCCAACUUUUUGUAUAUCUCACAAAUUCAACUUUUGGAGCAUAUUAGCCCAACUGUCAUCUGCAACGAUUGUAAAGUAGAGCACAAUCAUCCUUUGGGUUCCUAAUUGCCAGAAAUACUGUGAUUGCUCAUCCCAUUUCUAUUUGUAUGUGGAGGAAUAUAGUAUUUAGGUAUAAAUAUACACCUUUUAACCCAUUUACAGACCUACAGACAGAUUUUUGAUAGCUUUCCAGCAUUUUAAAUCAGGACUUAACAGGAGGACAAAACUGUUGUGUACCAGCACACACCCCAUUCGCUCACCAUAAAAUAAAUUAACAUUCCACGUUGUACCGAACGGUAGCAUACAAUCAACAAUUUAUAUCUACAACAAGCCAACUGUAUGUUGUAGCUCGGAUUCAACAGACGCUACAAACAGGUUCAACCCGGUUCUAUGCAGCAGUGAUAAUGCAUCAGCCCCAUUAGAUCUCUUUACUCUGGAAUCACUGUCUCUCACUGCCAAGUCUCAUGCCACAUUUUGGCUACCACAAGAUCACAGUCAGCCUUGACCAGAGAGACACGUCCGAUAGAUGGAGAGCCUCUGCCAUGCCAACUGCCUAAUGAUGUGCCCUUACACAAGGUUUUUUAUCCAGAGGCCUAGUGCCCAUUCACACUGCUAGUUCAGAGACCGCAGGAAGCAUGUCAGUGACGUCUGUGGCGUGUAGAUCAGAUUUUUAAGAGUAGCUGUUGAAUUAGAUUAGGUCGACUCCGGGCUCAGCUUUGUCCUUAAAACAGAAUCACUUUAGCAUGGGAACUAACUCAUUUUGCUGCACUGCUGGCUUGUUUCAGGUUUUAAAGGGGUCAUAUCGUACAUAUUUUUAUCAUUUAAUUAUUUCCCCCGAG